AUGGUUGAGGCAGAGGCGCAGAAGGCAUCAGAGGCAGCGGCGCUGCAAAAGGAGGAGGGUGCGGCGCCGAAGAUGGUUGAGGCAGAGGCGCAGAAGGCAUCAGAGGCAGCGGCGCUGCAGAAGGAGGAGGGUGCGGCGCCGAACAUGGUUGAGGCAGAGGCGCAGAAGGAAUCAGAGGCAGCGGCGCUGCAGAAGGAGGAGGGUGCGGCGCCGAACAUGGUUGAGGCAGAGGCGCAGAAGGAAUCAGAGGCAGCGGCGCUGCAGAAGGAGGAGGGUGCGGCGCCGAACAUGGUUGAGGCAGAGGCGCAGAAGGAAUCAGAGGCAGCGGCGAGGGAGAAGGAUAAGGCAGCGGCGCUGCAUAUGGAGGAGGCAGACGCACAUAAGGAAGGAGAGGCUCGGAAUAAGGCAGAAGCAGCGGCGCGGCAGAAGGCGGAGGCAGAGGAGCAGAAACAGGCUGCGGAAGAGGCACUACAACUGGCUCGGGCAGAAGCGCGGAAGAAGGCUGUUGUAGAGGCGCAGAAGAAGGCGGAGGGUGAGGCGCAGAAGAUGGCAGAGGCCGAGGAGCAGAAGCAGGCUGAGGCAGACGCACGUAGGAAGCCAGAUGGAGAGGACGGUUCAGAUGGGAAUAAAAUGGUACAGACAGAGGGACGGGAGACGGCGGGUGCUGAGGGGCACAUCAUCGCAGAGGAAGAGGGGCAGCAUAACGAGGAGGCAGCGUCGCAGGUAUUCGCAUACCAAGAGACGCAGAGCAUGGCAGAGACAGGGCGUCAAAAUACUAUGGAGGAGGUUCGUGUCGUCCCGGAGGCUGGAGUGGGGCACUACGAGGGAGAUGCGCUGGAAACAGAAGAGGAGCAGAAUGAGGAGGAUACGGUACAUCCGGCAGUCCGGAUAUUUUUGGGAGGAAGUCCGACGCGGGGACCAGGAACCGGGGUAGAGGGGCCAUGGAGGGUGGCAGACGAUGGGGCGCCUAGGGAUACAGUGGAUCUCAACAGGCAGAGGCGGCCCACCCUUCACCAGAGAGCAGUGGAGAGGAAUCUCGGCCAAGGCGGGGUGGCAGAAGCGUUUUGGCAGGACGAGGAGCGGAGGCAGAAGGCCACGAGGAAGGAAGCAGACGCCGCAGAGAGACGGAAGAAGGAACAACAGCAGGAGGAAGCGCGUCGGCAGAAGGAGAUGAGAGAGGGAAUGAAGGAGAUGAAGGAGGCGAUGAUGAAGGAGAUGAAGGCAGAAAUGAAGGAGAUGAAGGAUGGGAUGGUAAACCAGAUUGUGGGGAGGUUGAGCGCGGUUUUGCGAGAAAAAUCCGAGCGGCAGAAGAAGGAGAGGCAAGUGGACGCGGAGCGGCGACAACAGCAGGACGCGAAGAGGAAACAAGUGGCGGACGACGAGGAGAGACACAAGAGGAAACAACUGGACGAGAAAUGGCGGAAGGAGGAGGAGGUGAAGAGGAAGGAUGUAGAGGCCACAGAGCGGCGGAGGAAGAAGAAACAUCAGGAGGAAGAGCGACGGCAGAAGGAGGUGGAGGCGGGAAUGAAGGAAGUGAUGGAGGCUGUGAAGGAGAUGAAGACGUGGAUUAAGGGGUGGAAGGAGGGGAUGCUAAGUGAGGUGGAAAAGCGGCUGUCAAUGGUUCUGAGAUUGGACGCAGAGCGGCGGCAAAAGGAGGAGCAGGGUAGGAAGGCAACGGAGGGAGAUCGGCGACAGAAGGAGGAUGCGCAGAGGAAGGAGGCAGAGGAAGCAGAGCGGGUGGAGAGGGAGAAACAACAAGAGAUGGCGCUCCUGCAGAAGGAGGAGGCGCAGCGGAAAGAUGCGGAGGAGGCCGAGAGGCAGGAGAGGGAGAAACAGCAGGAGAUGGCGCGCCUGCAGGAGGAGGAGAGGCAGAGGAAGGAGGCAGAGGAGGUAGAGCGGCGUCAGAGGGCGAAACAGCAGGAAUUGGACUGCCUGCAGAAGGAGGAGACGCAGAAGAAGGAGGCAGAGGAGGCCGAGCGGCAGCAGCGGGCGAAUCAGCAGGAGAUGGAGCGCCUGCAGAAGGAGGAAGCGCAUGAGAAGGAGGUAGAGGAGGCCGAGCGGCAGCAGAGGGCGAAACAGCAGGAGAUGGAGCGCCUGCAGAAGGAGGAAGCGCAGAAGAAGGAGGCAGAGGAGGCCAAGCGGCAGCAGAGGGCGAAACAGCAGGAGAUGGAGCGCCUGCAGAAGGAGGAAGCGCAGAAGAAGGAGGCAGAAGAGGCCGAGCAGCAGCAGAGGGCGAAACAGCAGGAGAUGGAGCGCCUGCAGAAGGCGGAGCAGUGCCGAGCAGAGAAGAGGGCCAGACUUGCAUCCUACGCGGAACAGCAGCGGCAACUGGAGGCAAAGGCAAAGGCGAUGGCUGAAGAGACGGAACGAUUGGCAAGGGAGAUGGAAGAGGAGGAUUUGACCAUGCAGGGGGAGGGGACCUGGACAGGAGCCGAGGAGGAAAUAGCUGAGGGGCUGGGGAGUUUGCUGUUGAUUGAGAGCGGGGAGGCGAAUGUAGCAGAGGGAGUGGCUAUUGUUCCCGGACAAAACGUAGAGGUGUCCAGGAGGCGGCCUAGACAAGAGGACAGGGAGCCGGAGGGUCAUGCGGCUAAGAGACGGCGUGCAGCUGGAAUACAGGAGUUGAUACCCAUAAUCCAAGGGGAAAAGAAAGGGAUGAAGAUCGACAAGUGUGACAACAGGAAAAACGCCGCAGUGGACGACAAGGGUAAGACUUUGGGUGUCUGCCUGCCGUUCAGGGGAUGCGGGUUCUCUCAACGGGGCGAGGGAGCUUUGCAGAAGUGGACGUCUGAGCAGACCGUCGGCGGCCGGAAGCGGAACCUCGGCUCUCACAAAACGGUGUGGGAGAGGGCAUACACGGUCGCAGUCUGCUGGAAGUUCUACUUCCCGGAUAUUGACAUGCAGGCAUACGGCAUGAAUCCAAACCGUAUUAACAAGUGGCGGGAAGACCUUGACUUCACAACGUGGCUUCCAACAGGGGUGUGGAGCGUCAUCAACGAACUCCACCUGGACAAACCGAACGGAUUCUCACUCGUUCAAACCAACACGGCUCUUCGGCAGCAGCAGGGGGAUGGCUUUCAGGUAGCUGCCUGCGCUGGUGUCGGAAUAACUGCGUGGCAGAAGAUGGUGGGAGGCGUGGAGGGUGAAAACGGCUAUUCGACGGAAGAACACGCAAUCGGACUUGCCGCCACGUUGUCUGUAAUGUGGGCCGCAUCCACAAAUGUGGACCAGACCCAGUGGGAGACGGGCGCAACAACAGCUGCACGUGGAACUUCUACGGCCAUAGCAUCUUCUGCUGCCAGAUCGUCCACUGCUGCCACCGCCUCGUCGGCUGCCUCGUCAUCUUCUGCAGCCGAUGUGCCCUCUGCCGUCCACAAUGCCCUUGCGACGCUUGCAGCCUCGGUUGCUUGCGUUGCGGUUGAGGCGAUGAGGUCGGUAAAGGAUCAGGAGCAUGACAAGGAAGCGUGGAUUCUGCCCCUGUCGGAUGCGCUGCUGAAAGCGCUUCCGGCAGAGUCGCGAGCGGCCGAGGAUGCGAAGCGGAUGACGAGGGUGGUGGCAAAGGUGGUGACCUCUUGGUGCCUAUGCAGCAUGGCAUCAAGAGGCCUUCGCCAGCACCAGGGCGUCUGGCUCGGAGUCCUGCAGAAGAAGUUGGGCGGCCGGGAUACCACAACAGGGGCGGAUAAGGAGAAGAAAACCAAGAAAUCGUCCGCGAAGGGGAACGCGACGAAGGAUGCGUCGACGGAGGAGAACACCGGCACUGGCGGCCAGGAGUGA